AGGAGGGGCUUCCGUACACGGAAGCAGGAACCGGAUCGUGUCGUCAAACCUGUCGAGGUGUAUUUGUCAACGCGGAUACGGAGAAGAAAACGUCUCAAGACAAUCGCCUUUAUCUUUCACACCACCACAAUGAAGACCGCUUUCCUGGCAGUUGUGAUUCUGCUCAGCGUUUCGCUGCUCACAGCGUUUCCUGUGGAAGAUCCAGGCCCCGACGAUUUGUCUAAACCAGCAGAAGAUGCAAAUCCAGCAUCAUCAGACGUGUCUGCUACUAAAGUCAAGUUAACUGCCAGCGUUCAGGCGGAAAAUGGGCCACAGCAGGUUCAGGCAGAGAGCAGCUCAGUUAACAGUAUGGCAAGUGAGGCACGGAACACGGGUGUGCCAGGCACAUCUAUGACUCAUGCUGGGGCGGACACCAGUGGAGGAAGUGAGCAGAAAACAUUGGAUGCUAAUGCUUUUAUUGAUGAUGUUGGCAGAGCAGGGGCGGACACCAGUGUAGGAAGUGAGCAGAAAACAUUGGAUGCUAAUGCUGCUGUCGGUGGCGUAACUGAGACAGACGCCAGUGUAGGAAGUGAGCAGAAAACAUCGGAUGCUAAUGUUCCUGUCAGUAGUGUAGCUGGAGCCGGGGCGGACACUAGUGGAGGAAGUGAGCAGAAAACAUCGGAUGCUAACGUUCCUGUCAGUAGUGUAGCUGGAGCCGGGGCGGACACUAGUGGAGGAAGUGAUCAGAAAACAUUGGAUGCUAAUGUUCCUGUCAGUAGUGUAGCUGGAGCCGUGGCGGACACCACUGGAGGAAGUGAUCAGAAAACAUCGGAUGCUAACGUUCCUGUCAGUAGUGUAGCUGGAGCCGGGGCGGACACUAGUGGAGGAAGUGAUCAGAAAACAUCGGAUGCUAACGUUCCUGUCAGUGGUGUAGCUGGAGCCGGGGCGGACACUAGUGGAGGAAGUGAUCAGAAAACAUCGGAUGCUAACGUUCCUGUCAGUAGUGUAGCUGGAGCCGGGGCGGACACUAGUGGAGGAAGUGAGCAGAAAACAUCGGAUGCUAACGUUCCUGUCAGUAGUGUAGCUGGAGCCGGGGCGGACACUAGUGGAGGAAGUGAUCAGAAAACAUCGGAUGCUAAUGUUCCUGUCAGUGGUGAAGCUGAAGCUGGGGCGGACACCAGUGGAGGAAGUGAUCAGAAAACAUCUGCUGAUGAUCAAGACUUGGUUAAGAAAAUUACUCCAAGUCAAGAAAAAGUAGAUGACACGACUGUGGUUGAGGUGGUCGAAAGCCAAACCACAGAAAAGAAAGGAAAUGUCGUCCUGCCUGUCAUUGAUGAUGAUGAUGAGAAUAACAGUGAUGUAAUCGAAUUUGGUGACCAAGAGCCGAGCGAUAAGAAAGCCGAUUCGAAGGAGACUACGAACGUGGAUGAGAUGCCCGUUCUAUAUGAUGAUGGAGAGAGCAGCCACUUCUUCGCCUACCUGGUGUCUGGAGCAGUGCUGGUUGCCGUUUUCUACAUCGCCUACCACAACAAACGCAAGAUAAUUGCGUUCCUGUUGGAGGGUAAGAGGUCGAGAAACGGACGACGACCUAAAUCCUCAGACUACCAGAAGCUGGACCAGCAUUUUUAAUGGCUUCGGAGAAGACAAGUGGAUUCUCAUGUUCCUCCCUAUUUAUGACCACUCCAAGCUUUUUGCACGACUAUGCAGACAACACUUUUGCCUUACACGAGAACUGAAAUCAGCAUGUAGCAGCACUUGUGUUCAGUUGUGUCCUAUAACUGACGGUGGAGUGGCCCGACUCAGGAUCUUGGUGUAGCAAACGCACGUGAAGUCAAACUGACCAAGCCAUUUUGAAUCUGUGUGCUGUUUUGAUCAAAUGAAGGAUCUUUAUGUUUUGAAAUCCAAGGUGAAGUAAAAACUAUCCGAGCGUCUGUGUGCCAAUUGGAUCGCAUCUUUUGGAGGGGCUGAGGUGGGCCACUUCCUUCAUCACAGUCCAGCUGUCCCGGUGUUGAAGACCCCCUGUGUCUCCAGUCUAUGAGAAAUGGAUCCUUUUCAGAGGCCAGUGCAGUUAGGUGAUCUGGUUCUCUCCUGCACUUUUAAAAAAGAAUCAUACGGAGGGGUGGAUGUCUAAGAUUUCCUUUGCUGUGUGUUUUCUAUUCAGGGAUGAGGUUUGUGCCAAACUGCAAUGGUUUUACUGUGAUUUCUUUUUUUUUUAUUAUUAUUAAUGUUAUUGGUGGUUUGCCCAAAAAAAAUUUUUUUGUAGGUGGGGUUUGUCAUUUGAAGAAAAUAAAUAUAUUCUGUUAUUACAUUCACAGAUCAUGAACGAAUGGUUUAAAAGCCAUGUAUUGACCAAAUAAAAGCUCUGUUUUA